GGGGGGCGGGGGGGGCGGCAGCCUGCCCGGGAGCGGAGCGAGGCGACCGGGCAGCCCGUGGAGAGCUUCCCGCUGGAUUUCACCGCCGUGGAAGGCAACAUGGAUAGUUUCAUGGCUCAGAUCAAGAGCCUGGCGCAGUCGCUCUACCCCUGCUCGGCCCAGAACCUGCACCACGAGCUGCGCCUCCACCUCCUGCUCAACAGCUCGGUCACCUGCAACGACGGCAGCCCGGCCGGCUACUACCUCAAAGAAUCAAAAGGCAGUAGAAGGUGGCUGCUAUUCCUGGAAGGGGGAUGGUAUUGCUUUAAUAGAGAAAAUUGUGACACCCGCUAUGACACGAUGAGGAGGCUGAUGAGUUCCAAGGAGUGGCCCAUUACCAAAACUGGAACUGGGAUCCUGUCGUCGCAGCCAGAAGAAAAUCCACACUGGUGGAACGCAAACAUGGUCUUCAUCCCCUAUUGCUCAAGUGAUGUUUGGAGUGGUGCCUCUUCCAAAUCAGAGAAAAGUGAAUAUGCCUUCAUGGGAGCCCUCAUCAUACAGGAGGUCGUAAAAGAGCUGGUGGGGAAAGGCCUGAGUAAUGCAAAGGUCCUUCUGCUGGCAGGAAGUAGUGCUGGGGGAACUGGAGUGCUUCUGAAUGUGGAUCGAGUAGCAGAGCAACUGGAGGAGAUGGGUUAUCAAGGGAUUCAGGUGCGAGGGCUGGCAGACUCUGGCUGGUUCCUGGAUAAUAAACAGUACCGCAGAACUGAUUGUAUUGAUACCAUAACCUGUGCCCCAACAGAAGCAAUUAGGAGAGGAAUCAGAUACUGGAAUGGCGUUGUUCCUGAACGCUGCAAACUGCAGUUUAAAGAGGGAGAGGAAUGGAAUUGCUUUUUUGGCUAUAAAAUUUAUCCGACUCUUCGAUGUCCAGUAUUUGUGGUGCAAUGGCUUUUUGAUGAGGCCCAGCUCACUGUAGAUAAUGUGCACCUAACUGGACAGCCCGUCCAGGAGGGGCAAUGGCUCUACAUCCAGAAUCUGGGCCGGGAGCUCAGAAAUACCCUGAAGGAUGUGACUGCUAGCUUUGCUCCAGCUUGUUUAUCUCAUGAGAUCAUUACACGCAAUCACUGGACAGACAUCCAGGUGAAAGGAACGUCAUUACCCCGUGCUCUGCACUGCUGGGACCGCAGCCUGCAUGAGAGCAACAAAAAUGGGAAAGCCCCUUUGAAGGGAUGCCCAAUCCAUCUGAUUGACAGCUGUCCCUGGCCCCACUGUAAUCCCUCAUGCCCUACUAUCCGGGACCAGUUCACAGGGCAGGAGAUGAAUGUGAUCCAGUUCCUCAUGCACAUGGGUUUUGAUGUUCAGAAGAUGGCACAGCAACAGGGUCUGGAGCCCAGUAAACUUCUGGGGAUGCUGAGCAGUGGUAGCUAGACAGGGUUUUCCACGAAGGGGCAGAAUGAUCAGAUAAGGAGGGAGGAGCCUCCACGCUUCUCUCCUAGACUCUUUAACCGUCUCCAUUCUCAUGCAGAUGUUCACACGCACAUGUGCACUCUGGCUCUCAUGCACACCUGUGCACACUUAGUGUGUGUCAAGAAAACAAGUGAACAGAUUCUUGCUCACACCAUUGGACUGAAACUCAUUACCUCUAAACUUCAGGGCUCAAUCUUGGGCCAUUCAGAAUCUUUGUGCUAUACAAGGUGGCCUGAAGUGGGGAGCAGUACUGAGAACCCUUCCCAAGAGCUAAAAGGACUCUAACCCUUGCUGAGAAUGUUUCACAUGACAGACUUACAACAUAUGAUGAAAAAAGCACUGGAUUGUUUUGUCCAACUAGAAGUGAAGGAUUACAUGACUUCCUGGAGGUCAGCAACUCUUGAUGUAUUAUAAUGUAUAAACCAAGGACAUGUGUUAGGAACGGACACUCUUAUACUCAAUUUACUUUUGUAUUAUUUUAUAAAAUGACUUUUUUAUUGUUUUUAAAAAAUUAAGUAAGAAAUAUAAAAUUAAUGAUAUUGUUUUGUAACAUAUUUUUUUAAAUAAUGAAAAAACCUCCUGCUACUAUGGUAAUGUGGGCAUAUUUAUUUUAAUAUGUAAAUGCUAUUUAUAAGGGCUUACCAGAGAACUGCUCACAUGUCUUUGUAAAGUUGUAAAUACUGCUCCUGGGGCCAGGGUUUUCUUCUGAUCACGUGUAUGUGGUAGAGGGCAGUAUUGGCUAAUUAUAAUUAUUCUUAGAUUCCAAUG